AUGGCAAAAAAGGGAUCUCGUGGCAUUAUACCAAAAGUUAAAUUCACUCCUGAAGAAGAUGACUUGCUUACUGAGAUAAUAGAACGAAUUGGCACAAAUGAUUGGGAGCUUGUUUCAAAAGAGAUGAAGAAACGCACUGCACGUCAAUGUAGAGAAAGAUGGAUAAAUUAUUUAUCCCCAGAAUUGAGAAAUGACCCUUGGACUGAAGAAGAAGACAAACUUCUUGACGAACUUUAUGCAGAACUUGGUUCUAGAUGGCAUAAAAUAGCCGAAUAUUUCCCAACAAGGUCAGGUAAUUGUGUAAGGAAUAGAUUCAAAUUACGCCAAAGGAGAACAUUGAGGCAAAAGAAAAAGGCUCAAAAGGCUAAUUCGCCAAUAUAUGAAGAAGCUUCGCCUUCAUCAGAAGACUCAGCGGAUCAACUCACAAACAUUAUAACUCUCAAACCAGAUCAAUUUUCUAAUGUAAUUUCUUUUAAAUCAGAGGAAGAUGUUUUCGAUAUAUUUAAUGCGGAGAAAGGUUCUGUUGAAGAGUGGUUAGGCCUAUGGCAUUCCAAACGGGAACCGCGGUUGGUUACCAUGGAUUUCCGUCACCGGUCACAUUUUAAAGAUUUUUAA